CCCGCGCCGAGACCCCCGAGACCCACAUUCUCUCUCUCUCUCUAUCCUGGCUUUCUCGAAAAGUUUAUUGGAAAAGAAAAAUAAAUUCAGAUAUUGUGCGUAAAUUUGAUUCUAGGGUUUCCAUUUCUCCAAUAAUUCACGCAUUUGUUGAAGUUCAAGCCAAGUCUCUCGUUCUUCUCCUGCACGGCUAAAUUUCCUGUCCAAUUCCGGUUACAGUUUGGAGACGAGUGUCAGGAAUUGCUUUGAUGACCUUAUUUGUGGCAAUUUUGUUCUGUGGGAACAUUUUGGAGCCUAAGAGAUGGUAUCCAUUUUAUUGAAGCUGGGAAAUGAGACACGUUUCUGUAUUUGGUUUUAUUGACUGAAGAUGUACUUAGCUGCUCUAUUGACUUCUGCUGGAAUUAAUAUAGCAGUUUGCGUGGUGAUUUUCUCACUGUAUUCUAUUCUAAGAAAACAACCGCGGUUUAUGAAUGUCUACUUUGGUCAAAAGCUCGCUCAUGCAAAAUCAAGACGCCAAGAUCCAUUUUGUUUUGAAAGGCUAGUUCCUUCCGCUAGUUGGAUAGUGAAAGCCUGGGAAGCAUCUGAAGAUCAAAUUUGUGCUGCUGGAGGAUUAGAUGCUCUAGUAUUCAUCCGGUUGAUUGUUUUCAGUAUCAGGAUAUUCUCCAUAGCUGCUACCAUAUGCAUCUCUCUUGUGCUUCCACUUAACUAUUAUGGACACGACAUGGAGCACAAAGUCAUUCCAUCGGAGUCGCUUGAAGUCUUUUCCAUUGCAAAUGUUCAGAAAGGAUCAAAAAGGCUUUGGGCCCCCUGUCUUGCACUAUAUGUCAUUUCUUGCUGCACUUGUGCUCUUCUUUACCAUGAGUAUAAAAGCAUCACAAAGUUGAGGCUCUUACACAUUACUGAAGCUCUUUCUAACCCGAGUCACUUCACAGUUCUUGUUCGUGGCAUUCCGUCGUCUCAAACUGAAUCAUAUAGUGAGACAGUGGCCAAAUUUUUUAGCACAUACUAUGCCUCAAGUUAUUUAUCGCAUAAAAUGGUUUAUCAAUCUGGUACAGUUCAGAAACUGAUGAGUGAUGCAGGGAAGAUGUACAAGAUGCUCAAGACUUGUACCAGAGAACAACAAUGUGGCCCAAAUUUGAUGAGAUGUGGUCUUUGUGGAGGGACUACAUCAUCUUUUAAGAUGCUUGCCAUAGAGUCUCAAAAUGACAAGGGGAGAAGUGACUCUGAUGCAGCAGAUUUGAGAAGAAAGGAAUGUGGUGCUGCAUUUGUUUUCUUCAGGACCCGCUAUGCUGCCUUGGUUGCCGCACAAUCUCUUCAAUCACAAAAUCCCAUGAAAUGGGUGACUGAGAGGGCUCCAGAUCCAAAAGAUGUCUAUUGGACGAACCUUGGUCUGCCUUAUAGAAUCCUUUGGAUUCGACGAAUAGCUAUUUUUGUGGUCUCCAUUCUUUUUGUUGCAUUUUUCCUCGUGCCUGUUACACUAACACAAAGCCUUGUGAACCUUGAUAAGCUGCAGAAUACAUUUCCAUUUCUGAAAGGAAUUUUAAAGAGGAAGUUUAUGAGCCAGCUUGCUACUGGAUAUUUACCAAGUGUCAUAUUGAUGUUAUUUCUGUACAUGGCUCCACCACUUAUGCUUUUUUUCUCUACCAUGGAGGGUGCUGUCUCUCGCAGUGGCAGGAAAUUGAGUGCUUGCAUCAAGCUUCUGUACUUCAUGAUAUGGAAUGUUUUCUUUGCAAACAUUUUAACGGGAACCAUUAUUAAGAAUUUGGUCGGCGAAGUUGCUCGGAGAUUGCAAGAUCCAAAAAAUAUUCCAAACGAGCUUGCCACUGCCAUCCCAACAACGGCUACCUUUUUCAUGACUUACAUUUUGACAUCCGGUUGGGCAAGUUUGUCAUUUGAGAUUCUACAACCAUUGGCCCUGAUAUGCAACCUUUUCUACAGAUAUGCUCUCAGAAACAAAGACGAAUCAACCUAUGGGACCUGGACUUUUCCUUACCACACAGAAAUUCCAAGAGUUAUCCUUUUUGGAGUUAUGGGCUUCACCUGUUCCAUAAUGGCACCUUUGAUCUUACCAUUUUUGCUAGUCUACUUCUUCCUUGCUUACCUUGUGUAUCGCAAUCAGAUUCUUAACGUGUAUGUCACUAAAUAUCAAACUGGAGGACUCUAUUGGCCAACUGUGCACAAUGCUACAAUAUUCUCAUUGGUGCUGACGCAAAUAAUAGCUUCCGGAGUCUUUGGAAUUAAAAAAUCCCCUGUUGCAUCCAGCUUCACCUUUCCGCUGAUCAUCCUUACACUACUGUUCAAUGAAUAUUGCCGGCAAAGGUUCCUCCCGGUAUUUAAGAGGAAUGCUGCAAAGGUUCUCAUUGAGAUGGAUUGGCAAGAUGAGCAGAGUGGAAAAAUGGAAGAGACUCGUCAGAAACUGCAAUCAGCAUAUUGUCAAUUGACAUUGACUACUCUUCACCAGGAUGCAACCUUGCACGAGCAUCCCGGCGAAACAGUUGCUAGCGGGUUGCAAGACCUAGAAAACUUAGAUUCAGGAAAGACUCAGACAUCUGGAUUAUGGGCUGGGCAUUCCUCACCAGAAAUCAAAGAGCUUCAUGCGAUGUAGAUAGACGUAUUUCUUGGGUGUACAUUAGUUGUUUGUCAUGUACAAAAUGAUGUUCAUUGGAAGAUCUAUACAUUGUAAGGCAAAAAAUAUAGGUGUUUCUGCUGUAAAGAGCAACAUCAGGUACUCGAAGUUCUUAUACAUUACAACCAAGAAACUAGCACCAUUUCUCAA